AUGUGGCACAGCCAAGUAGUCAGGACUCUGUGCAACUUCUCUCAAUUAAAAAAUGUGAGAGAACUCAAACUUCAAGGAAUAGAUUAUCCGCUUACACUUGCAGACAUUUAUCGUCACUUAGUAGAAGGCAUUUUGGACAAGCUGGAAGUUGUUAAAGAUCAAUCGAAAAAGAUCUCAGCUCAGUACCAUUUCGUUUUUAUCACUGUGCCCACCAAUACGCAUGAAGACGUUCAAAAGCUUAUCCGAAAUUGUGUUUUCAGAGCUUUAGAAACGAAAAUGAAAACUCUCCCUCCUAAGAAGGAACAUAUUUACAUUGUCGAAGAGUCCAUUCUCAUAUCCUACAAUGACACUGUACUCAGUCCAAAUAGUUUGUUAUGUGAUUUAGGAUUUCUAAGUCUGGAUAUUGCUGUUAUUAAGGAUGGUGUCAUUAUAGACCACCAAGCGGAGAUUGCAGGUGUUGAAAUUUUACAUCGUACUUUGGAUAGAGAACUUAGAGCAAGCAAUAUCAACCUUAAUAGCAAAAUUGUCUUGAACGAAAUGUUUUCCAACCCAGAUGCAAAGUGGAAUGAUUACUUUAAGGGCAAAAAGGAGGUUAUUGGCCUUGUGAAGAGUGCUUGUAAAGAAGCAUUCUCGAUAAUAUUAUCUCCGCUCUUUGAGUGCCUUGCUGAUUAUCCAUUUGAUGUCGUACUUCAUGGAGCAAUUUUCUCUAUUGAUGUAUUUAAACAAUUUGCUACCAAGUUCCUUUGUAAAUCUAACAUGAGCAAAUACUUGAAGGAGAGAAAGAGAUACUUUUCUAAAGUCAAAACACCUGCCGAUUUUAAAGUCUCAACUUUAGGAACAAGCUUUGGGCUGCUGAAUGGAGCAGUGGAGCUUAUUAGAGACGAAGCUUCCAAAAAGAAGUACCUCUGGAAUUUCAAACCAAACUUCUUUCUCGACAACCUGUGGCAGGAAUCCUUACCAAUGCUCAAAUACCAAAAAGCACAGAAAUGCAAUACGGUAUCACACUUGAAAAGUGUUGUAUUCAAAUGA